UCGGAUGUUAUUAUCUGUGGAGCUUAAUCCUGUAAAUAUCAUACACGCAAACACACAGUAAUUCGGGUAAAAACUCAGGGAAAAUGUCUUCUCGUUCGGCGUUACCGUCUGGGAACGACAGGAGUACGGACCAUCAUGCGUCUCUGGCGGCCAGCCGCUCAGACAAGGGCACCAGCCUGUCCAGCCGUUCCCUGGGCGCCCGUUGCAGGAACUCCAUCGCCUCCUGCUCCGACGAGCAGCCGCACAUCGGCAACUACCGCCUGCUCAAGACCAUCGGCAAGGGGAACUUUGCUAAGGUCAAGCUGGCCCGUCACAUUUUGACCGGCAAGGAGGUUGCAAUAAAAAUCAUCGACAAAACUCAGUUGAAUCCUACCAGCCUACAAAAGAAAGCCCGAGUGAGGGAUUUGCAGCUGUUCGAGGUGAUUGAGACUGAAAAGACCCUUUACCUAAUCAUGGAGUACGCCAGUGGAGGUGAAGUGUUUGAUUACCUCGUGUCUCAUGGGAGGAUGAAGGAGAUUGAAGCCCGAGCCAAAUUCCGACAGAUUGUCUCUGCGGUUCACUAUUGCCACCAGAAGAACAUUGUCCACCGAGAUUUGAAGGCUGAGAACCUUCUCCUGGACGCCGAUGCCAACAUCAAGAUCGCCGACUUUGGCUUCAGCAACGAGUUCACGAUGGGGAACAAGCUGGACACGUUCUGCGGCUCCCCCCCCUACGCCGCCCCGGAGCUCUUCCAGGGGAAGAAGUACGACGGGCCCGAGGUGGACGUGUGGAGCCUGGGGGUCAUCCUCUACACGCUGGUCAGCGGAUCACUGCCCUUCGACGGGCAGAACCUCAAGGAACUGCGAGAGCGCGUGCUGAGGGGAAAGUACCGCGUGCCCUUCUACAUGUCCACCGACUGCGAGGGAAUCCUGCGCAGGUUCCUGGUGCUCAACCCCUCCAAGCGCUGCACCUUAGACCAAGUGAUGAAGGACAAGUGGAUAAAUGCAGGGUAUGAAGGGGAGGAUCUCAAGCCCCACAUAGAGCCUGUCGAGGACUACAGUGAUGCCACUCGCAUUGAGGUGAUGGUUGGGAUGGGCUUCACUCCCGAGGAGAUCAAGGAUGCUUUGCUCAACCAGAAAUACAACGAGGUCACCGCCACCUACCUUUUGCUGGGUCUUAAGAACGAGGAUGGGACCGAGUCUCGUUCAGCCAGCAGCCUGUCUCUGGCCAGGGUGCGGCCCAGCCCCAUCACCAACGGGACCAACAAGCACUCCUCCGCCACUGGCUCGUCCUCCUCGUCCUCGUCCUCGCACAGCAAGACCCCUCGCAGCGCCUCCACGUACCACCGACAGCGGAGACACAGCGACUUCUGUGGGCCCUCCAUGCCGGUCAUGCACCCCAAGAGGAGCCCCACCAGCACGGGGGAGAGGGAGCUGAGAGAGGGCCGCAUGCCGCCGCGCAAGGCCAGCUGCAGUGUGAUGGGCAGCCGGAGUCUGCCCCCUUCCAGCCCCAUGGUCAGCAGCGCCAACAACCCCAACAAGUCGGAGAUCCCCGACCGCCGCAAGGAAAUGACCGCAACCACGAACAACAUCCCUGGCAGCGCCAUGACCCGCAGGAACACGUACGUGUGCACCGACCGGUCCAGCACCGACCGACACUCCUUGCUGCAGAACGGCAAAGAGAACAGCUCCCUGACCCACCGGCUGCCCCCGGCCUCCCCGUCCACCCUCAGCAUCUCCGGGGCGGGGGCCUCCUCCUCCUCCGGGGAGCGCUGCCGCCUGACCCGCGGCUCCACCGUCCGGAGCACCUUCCACGGGGGCCAGCUGAGGGACCGGGGCCCCCCCGUCUACUCGGCCCCCCCCACCUCCCCGACCCUAUCCCACGACGCCGGCUCGCUCCCCCACGCCCGCAGCCGCGCCACCUCCAACCUCUUCACCAAGCUCACCUCCAAACUCACACGCAGGGUCAAUCUUGACCCCUCUAAGCGCCAGGGCUCAAACAAAUCAGUCUCGGGCUGUACUCUUCCACAGGGAUCCAAAACAGUUAGGUCACAAAUGAACCUGAGGGAGUCAGCAGAUCUGCGCUCACAAGUCGCCAUUUACCUGGGCAUCAAAAAGAGGCCGAGCCCCGGGCCGUCGGACGUGGCCGGGAUCUGA